GCUGCAGGAGCCUGCUGGAACGCUCGGUCGUCCUAGUGCCCCAGUGCGGGUCCGCUUGUCAGACCUGCACCAAGUCAGAGCCCCAGGAUCUCAGGGUCACUCCUGAGAGAGCUGAGCUGCACGUCAGCUGCAGAAGACCGGAGGGGCGGGUGGGGCGGGCUGUCGCCAGCAGGGACAGGGCUGCAACUGGAUCCGGGCGUCUCAGCUCUGCAGGUUUCCGUGAUCGGAUCCCGAGGCUCCAGCCCCGCCCCUCCGUACCCACAGGCUCGGGCCCGAGGGCCCGCGGGUCCCCGGCAGGGGGCGGCCUCGCACCGUGCCGCCGGCUCCUCCGCAGCCGCCGCCCGGGCCGCGGCUCCUCCCCCGGCCCCGCCUCCCCUGCCUCGCGCCGCCCGCCAGUCCGCCGGUCUCUGCAGGAUCGUCGGUCUGUCCGCUCGCUCGUCCCUCCGCUGCCCGGGUCCCGCUAGCCCGAGUGCGCGAGUCGAUUCGUCGGUUCCGGCCGUCGCAAACCCGUCUCUCGCCCCUGGGCUGCCCGCCUCUGCUACGCGAGGCCGGGGAUUGGCGGGGCGCGUAGGCCGCGCCGCCGCGGAUGGAGCCGGAAUAAAGAGGCAGCUGAGAAAGCAGCUGGUCUCCGCUCGCCCCGCGCCUGACCCCACGGGCGGCCUGGAGCAGGCAUCAGGAUGUUGGGCUGGGUCCAGAAGGUGCUGCCUCAGCCUCCAGGGACCCCUCAGAAGACCGAGGAGGGAACAGAACCACUGCCAGAACCAGAGUUGGAGCCUGAGGCAAAGCCAGAACCUGAACCAGAGCCCCAGCUGGAGCCAGAACCUCAGCCAGACCCAGAGCCAGAACCUGAAACAGCCCCUGAAGAGGCUGUGCCAGAGGUCCAGACCCUGCCACCUGAGGAGCCAAUGGAAGGGGAGGAGCCAAUGGAAGGGGAGGGCGUAGCUGAGGCUGGCCCUAGCCUUCAAGAGGCCCAGGAAACUGACCCUCCUCAGCCUACCCAUCAGGCCCAGGUUGCUGUUGCCAAGGUGAACAGCCCCAGCGCCUGGCUGCUGACCUGGUUCUGGAAGCACAUGGAGAAGGUGGUGCCACAGCCUGUCUGCAGCAGCAAGAACCUGGCCGCCGGAGUGGGAGACCCAGAUCAGCAGGCUGGAGCACAGAUUCUGGGACCCAGUGGCACUGGGGAACCAGGGUCUGCAGAUGGUUCAGAUGAUGCUUCCGGGGCUCAAGAUACUGAGCCCAGCCUGUGGCUGCUCAGGUGGCUUGAGCAGAAUCUGGAGAAAGUGCUGCCUCAGCCCCCUAAACCCUCUGAGGCCUGGAGUGCUGAACCUGAGGCUGCUGUCUUGGACCCAGAUCCUCCAGAACCCCCGAUGGAGACAGAGCCCACAGAGAUUCCCUCCCAGCCUAAUCCUGAAACCCUGGAGCCUGAGGAGGAGCCAGCUGUAGAGGCCCAGCCCGGCUUCCAGGUCUCUUCCCUGCCACCACCUGGGGACCCUGUCAGGCUGAUUGAGUGGCUUCUACACAGGCUGGAGAUGGCCCUGCCACAGCCCGUGCUCCAUGGGAAAGCUGCAGAGCCGGAGCCUGGCUGCCCUGGGACAUGUGAUGUGCAGACCAGGGUGACAGCAGCUGGAGGCCUCUGAAACAUGGGAGAAGGGGACCUGGGGAGCCCAUGGACAAACGGAUGGAUGGAUGAAGGACAGAAGGAUGCUUCAAGAGAAGACCUUUUAGGGGGCAAUGACUGCUAAUCUCCACCCUCCUUGAAUAGUGAACCCUAGACAGGACGGAGGAAACCAGAGUCAUUAUGUGAAACCCCAGAGCUUCCUCUUGGGGCUCUUGGCCAAGGGACAGCACCCUGACCAGAGCAAGAGCAAGAAGGACUUCCUGGUGGGAGACUAUGGAGAGCCCUAUUAAGACCUCGGUGUUCAGUGUCUGAGCAUGCUCACACCGGGGCACCUGGUACCAUCCACACUGCCUCAGGACCCUGUUUCCCUGCAAGUGAUUCUCCCAAGGUCUGCCCUGGUUCUCUCUCCGAGAGUCAAGGACCACCACCAACUGUGACAUUGUAAUUGACAUUAAAGAGUGUGACUUUGCAC